UCUCCACCCAAAUAUUAUACACAGAGGGAGGGAGACAAAGAUAGAGAGAAUAUCUCUGCCUUCUUCUUCCAAAUUCUGUCUUCAUACAGAUUGCUGCACUGUCAGAAUUGAACAAUGUUGUGCUGUGGAGGUGCAGAAGAGGAAAAUUACAGUGGUCCUCCAGCAAACCAAAGUACAGCCCCGCCCAGAGCGGGCAAUCCUUAUGGUGGUGGCGCCGGUGGGAGUAGUGAAAGACAGGAGCCAAGGACUUCAGGUGCUGUAAAAACUGGUGCUCGACAAAAGGUCCUGCCUAUUGAGACACCAGCUUUGUCAUUGGAUGAGUUAAAUAGGUUGACGGGUAAUUUUGGUACAAAAGCUUUGAUUGGAGAAGGAUCUUAUGGCAGGGUGUUUUUGGCAAAGUUGAGCAAUGGCCAGCAAGCAGCAAUUAAAAAGCUAGAUACCAGUUCUUCUCCAGAGCCAGACUCUGAAUUUGCUGCCCAGUUAUCGAUAGUUUCAAGACUUGUGAAUGAGCACUUUGUGAGGUUAAUUGGAUAUUGCCUGGAGGCAAACAAUAGAAUCUUGGCAUACGAGUAUGCUACAAUGGGUUCAUUACAUGAUGUCUUACAUGGUAGGAAAGGGGUGCAAGGGGCAGAACCUGGUCCAGUCCUCUCCUGGAGUCAAAGGGUCAAAGUAGCUUAUGGUGCAGCAAAAGGCCUUGAAUUUCUACACGAAAAAUGUCAGCCUUCAAUUGUUCACCGCGACGUCAGAUCAAGCAAUGUGCUACUUUUUGACGAUUUUCUGUCCAAAAUAGCUGAUUUUAGCUUGACAAGCCAGUCUUCUGACACAGCAGCUCGGCUGCAUUCAACUAGGGUCCUGGGGACAUUUGGCUACCAUGCUCCAGAGUAUGCUAUGACAGGACAGAUAACUCAGAAAAGUGACGUCUAUAGUUUUGGAGUUGUUCUUUUAGAACUUUUGACAGGAAGAAAGCCAGUAGACCACACCAUGCCCAAAGGACAACAGAGUCUUGUAACCUGGGCUACUCCAAGAUUGAGUGAAGACAAAGUGAAGCAGUGUGUGGAUCCCAAACUAAACGAUGACUAUCCGCCAAAGGCUAUCGCCAAGAUGGCAGCUGUUGCAGCGCUUUGUGUUCAAUAUGAAGCUGACUUUCGACCCAACAUGACUAUUGUCGUUAAAGCUUUGCAGCCACUUCUCAACUCUAAGCCAUCAGGUCCCUGAGCCUCUAUGCAUAAACCGAUAUCCACUGAGCUUGCUGUACUUUGUUAUUGUGUCGUAUUCACUGAUAAUCGAAUCACUACAGUUGUUGUUCCAGUAGCAGUAUUUAUGCUCAUUAGUGAAGGUCUGCUGAUGUUGAGAACAUUUGGUGGCAACUAUAUUUCUUAACACUAGGAUUCAUACAUGAUAGGGAAUUUAAUAUGAAGCUAGUUUUAUUUUGGAAUUUGAAAAAACGUUCGCUCUUGUAUCAAUCCUCAUGUUCUCAAAACAUGAAUAAUAGUUGUCACUGUUAUUAAGCCGCAUAUAACCUUUGCGGAUUCUCUUUCGAUAAAA